AUGAAUCUACGUGAUCAUCAAUCUGUUCUCCAGACAAGUUUGGAGGAAUUACAAGAAAAGCUAAAAUUAUUAGAAACAGAAAAUGCUUCCCUUAAUAAGGAGCUCAAAGAUUUACGUUCUCAGUUAGAUGCGGCCAAGCGAACUUAUGAUGUACAGGCUGAAAUGGUUAAUCAGCUGCAGUCUAACAUUUCUGUAUUAGAACAAGAUGUAGCUUCCAAAGACAAACAAUUGGUGGAAUUAAAGAAUUCGCUUACUAAAGAAGAAGAACAAAAGUCACAUGCUCUUGAGCAGUCGGAGCAGCAAUCUCGUAAUAUCCAGAGUUUGGAAAAGAUGCUAUCGUCAAAUACAGAAGAAAUCAACAAAUCCAAUGAAAUCAUCAAACGUUUACAAAACGAGGUUAAGAGUUUCCAAACAAAAGCUAAACUACGAGGUCAAGUAGCAGCUGAACAGGAACGUUUGCUUGUCUCUAAAGACUCUGAAAUUCAGAAAUUAAACGUUGAGUUAGAAGGUGUAAAAUCAGAACUUUCAGAUGUCACAAAACGCAAUGCUCACAUCGUUGAAGAGCACAGACAGGUUGUCCAAAAUUUGACAGAAGCUCAAAAAACAAUCAAAUCGAAUGAAGCAACUUGA